AUGCAUCAUGGGCGAACUACUGGUAAAAAAAACCCUGAUCCCACUCCUCCGCCAAUCUACCAGCCACUUCCACGACUCCUCAUUGUGCACAUCGCUCUCCCUUCUUGGGCUGACAUCUGCUCCAACCUCUGCGAGGCUCUGCAGAACUUUUUCUCUCUAGCCUGUGGCUUGAUGGGUCCCAACCGCAUGUCCCUGUUCAGCUUGUACAUAGUACAAAAUCAGCACGAGUGCAUCCUCCCCUUUGUGCAAGUGAAAGGAAACUUUGCUAGGCUGCAGGCCUGCAUCUCAGAGCUCCGCAUGCUACAGAGAGAAGGUUGUUACAGGCCACAGCAUGCAUCUCUACAGCUGGCAGUACAGGAUGGGCUCCAGCAGUUCAAACAAUACAGCAGAUAUAUGACCAGGAGUACAGCCCUUACCUGCACUUCCCUGGAGAUUACCAUUCUGACUUCCCACCCUGGAAAAGAAGUGGUCAAACAACUAGAAGAAGGAUUGAAAGAUACAGACCUGGUCAGGGUCAGGAGACUUCAGGUUGUCGAAAUCACAAAGGAAAUCCUUGAGCAGGUGCACUCGGCAUCCCCUGUUGAAGAGCCUAGCAUUGAUGAGAGUUCUAUCCUGGGAACUGACAUUGACCUUCAGACCUUAGACAACGAUGUUGUCAGCAUGGAGGUUUUCUUCAAAGCGUGGUUGCAUAGCAAUGGAACAGACCAAGAGCAUGUCCAUCUUCUUCUUCCUUCACAGUGUUUCAGCAACAUCUCCAGAGCCAGAGAUACCCCAAUGUGCCUGAAAUGUGAUCUCCAAGAGCGACUGCUCAGCCCGUCCCUGCUCCCUGGCACAGCAGACAGCUCCUUGAGAAUGGAUGACCCCAAAGGAGACUUCAGCAACCUCUUCCAGAUGGCUUCCCAGGCAUCAGGCUCUCGCUACAGGCUCCAAGUGGUCAAGGCUCUGAAGUCUGACGGGAUCUGCGAGUCACUGAUAUUUGGGCUCCCAUUCAUCCUCAAACCGACGAGCUGUUGGCAGCUGGACUGGGAUGAGCUAGAGACAAAUCAGCAGCAUUUUCAUGCUUUGUGCCACAGCCUGCUGAAAAGAGAAUGGCUGCUGAUGGCUCAGGGGGAGCCCCUAGGCCUAGGACCCAGCCAGAAGGUCCCUGCCAGCACCUUCUAUGUGAUCAUACCUUCCCCCUCCCUCUCACUGCUGGUCAAGGCAGUGGCCACGCGGGAACUGAUACUGCCCAGCGCCUUUCCUCCACUCCCUGAGGAGCCACCCGAUGACAGCCUGAAGAUUGUGGAGAGCCUGCUGGACACCUUGGAGCUGGAGCCCACCUACAAUCCCCUGCAGGUCUGCAGUCAACUCUACUCCCACCUGAGCAGCACCUUGGCCCCGCAGCAGGGCCGGCUCCCUCCAAGCUGGGGCAGCCGGGCUCUGGGAAAGCAUCCCAGCAAGGCUGGACAGUUGCAGACCCAUAGAGUUCGAGCCACCGUGGCCCCCCUGCCCGUGACAGUAACCACAGGCCGAGCCCCCAAGAAACCAGCAACCAGCAAGGCUUCCUCAGAAGCCAUCAUCCUGUCUUCUGAGGAGGAGGAGGAAGAAGAGGCUGUGUCAGGACCCUAAGUCAACAGCACCCAGAACCCAGCCACCCUGCGCAUCCAAGUGCUCGAAGCUGUGGUCAGACCCAACGGCAAAGAAUCUCACCUCUGCCCCCAGUGCUAACCCCAUCCCUUGCUCCAGCAGAGCCCUCAACAGAGUUCAUCUGGAUGCACAUUAAAUACUGAAUGAGCUCC